AUAAGAAAAGCCCAAUCUCGUCCUCCAUUCAACAUUAUUAUUGCCUCUCUUAUCCUCUCACAGACUCACACUAAAAGUACUAAACUCAUUUCGUCUCUUUCAGACUCAAUUUUCUACACAGAAAAAGCAAGUUAUUACAAUAAUAAUGGCAAUGUCUUUAGGGGUUUUCACCGCUUUAUUCGCCGGCACACCUCCGGCAGCCGUUAAUCAACCAUUUUUUCCGGUGCCCAAGAAACCGAUCUUUGUUACAAGCCCUUCUGCUGCUAAUUUGCGCAGACUAACAUGCGCUGCUUCUGCUACGCCAAACCCAGUAGAGACGAAGAAGAUAAGAGAGCCCAGAGGUAUCACAAAGCCCCGGCCGGUGUCGCCGGAAAUGCAAGCUAUCGUCGGCGUGUCGGAGAUUCCGAGGACGCAGGCACUUAAGUUGAUCUGGGCUUACAUUAAAGAACAUAACUUGCAGGACCCUGAAAACAAGAAAAUAAUCAUCUGUGAUGAGAAGCUGAAGAAAAUCUUUAAAGGGAAUGAACGUGUUGGAUUCCUUGAGGUUGCAGGGUUAAUUAGUCCUCACUUUCUUUAGGUGGACUGUGUGGCAUGGUCUACCAAGUUUUUCUUCCUUAUUACAGUAUUAGUCUAAAUGGCGGUCUAGCAUGGUUCACAAUCUAUAUUCAGAAACAGUAGUGCUGCUUUCAGUAACCUUUGUAGCCACGGGUUAGUCAUACGGGUUUAACUCAGUUUUGAUUUAUCAAAUAGUCGUUGGUUGUGUUUUUGUAGUCACUUGUAAUGUUCAACUUCUUCAAUCCAGUUAUAUUUAAAUUGCUUUAUGGUUUAUAUUUAAA